UAAUCAGCAAGCAGCAAUAAGUUUAGUGCUCUUCUAAAUAGUUGUUUGGUUACCCCAACACUAUUUAAAAUCUUGGGAACAGAACUUCUUAAUAAGGCGCCGAUUUAAUAGGAUUAUAACAAGCCAUUCUAUAUUUGUUUUUCCUUCUUUUUCUCUUAUUAUUGUUCCCCUUUUAUAUAUAUAUACAAUGAAUGUUGUUGGAGCCUGUGUAUCCGAAGCAUUCUAUGCUGCUCAUGAAACAAGAGACAUCGUGUUGCCUAACCAAACCGAGCAUGUAUCUCAAAUAGCUGUCGAUAUUGGUGGUUCACUUGCCAAAGUUAUUUAUUUUACUUUAUCGGCAGACCGUCAAGGAGGCCGCUUGCAUUUCAAAAAAUUCGAAACAGAAAAAGUAGAUGAUUGUAUUGACUAUAUCGUGGCAUUAUUACAGGAUGCUAGACGCAAUGGUGCUAAACAACAAGUGUUGAAAGCGACAGGAGGUGGUGCUCAUUUAUAUUAUGACAAACUAGCUUCACGACUACCUGGUGUAGUUGUUCAGAAGGAGGAUGAAAUGGAAUGCUUGAUAACAGGUUUGAGUUUCUUUAUUACAGAGAUACCCUAUGAAGUCUUUACCUAUAAUGAGCUUGAUGCUGAUCCAAUUCGAUUUGAAGAAAAAUCAAAAGACGUAUACCCAUAUAUGCUUGUUAAUAUUGGUUCUGGGCUGGGCGGUGGUACACUUUGGGGUUUACUAUCUAUGUUGACGGAUGCAUCUUCAUUUGAUGACAUGUUGGAGAUCUCGAAAUCUGGUGACAAUAGAAAUGUAGAUUUACUAGUGGGAGAUAUAUAUGGUUCUGAUUAUAGUAAACUUGGACUCAAAUCAUCGCGGAUAGCUUCGAGUUUUGGCAAAGUGUUUAAAAAAGGUGCUCGUCAGGAUAAAAAUAAUUUUGCUUCUGCUGAUAUUGCAAAAAGCUUGUUGUAUAUGGUCAGCAAUAACAUUGGUCAAAUUGCCUAUUUAAAUGCUCAACAACAUGGUAUUAAGCGUAUUUAUUUUGGUGGAUGCUUUAUUCGAGGACACCCAAUCACAAUGAACUCUUUAUCUUAUGCUAUUAACUUUUGGUCUAAAGGGGAAAUGAAAGCCUUGUUUUUACGUCACGAAGGCCAUUUAGGAGCAACAGGAGCAGUAAUUUUUGAAACAUCAACCAGUGAAAAAAGCAAGACAUUCAUUCUCAUUUUCAGAAAACUAUAAGCCUGAUAUCACCAAUAAUACCAACUCUGUUCUCGAAGUGUUAGAAAACUUGGAUAAUCUUG